AACUGAUUUAGUUUUUCAAAAGUGAUGUUCUCCUAGAGUGUCGAUCUGGUUCAGAUAAGAUCCCUCUUAAUCUCAAAUUCAAAAGGAGCAAUUUGAGCCAUAUCGUUUCUUUGAAUUCUACGAGCACUCAAAGGGGUAAUUUUAGGCGUGCCAAAAGUCUCUUGCAACUGUGAGUUUUCUACAGUUUAAGCAGUGAAAAAACAACUAAAACUUAAACAAGUCAUGUCGUUAAUUGUUUUCUUCGUCAGUGCCAUUCCCAUCUCGGUCUUCUUCCCGAGUCCUUGUCUUUCUGCAACAAUGAGAUAGUCAUAAAAUAAUAUGUCAGGAAAAAAGGUUAAACAAAUACCUCCGAAAAAGAAUCUUAGCUCGUUGGUUUCAGUGGUGAAGAUGGGAGGCGAUUUGUUAAAAUGGUUUCUCAUAAUUCCAUUAACUCUUAUUCUUCGUCGUGUUAACUCGGUCCCCUCCGUCUGUGAACUCAGUUUCACCGACCAUGACAAGCGCAUUAACUACAGCUUGGCCACUCCUCUCGCUAUGUUCCCUCAUGGUGUCCUGAGUGAAGACGGGUUCUAUAAGGUGGCCAUGAAUGAGACUGUGCUCUGGUUUCAGGUUGGCUCCAUCAGCUUUGCGACGAGAUGUUAUUUAAUCAUGACCCACCUAGAUGUGUUGACUGCUUGGGGCCCAUCAUGCUGUGGAUCAGAAUGUAGUGCACUUGUGGCGAACAACAUCGGUGGUUAUGAUGCAUGCACUGCUAUUGGGCUUGUAUCACACACAAAUAUAAAGGUUAUGGAUAAUAAGAAUCCACACAUGGGUGUCAUUGUUUCUAUGUCAACUAUUGGCCAAAAGCAUAAUAUUGUAUGAUGGUAGUCAGAUUUAUAUGUUAUUCCUGAUUGCCGGUUGUGUUUAUUUUAUUGUAAAUUUUUCCCUUAAUAUUGCUUUCCUCACAUUUGAUAUAAAUUUCUUCUGAUUUUCUUUUUGUGCCUUGUGGAGUGAAUGCAUCAUUCUUGUAUGAGCAGGAAAUUAAUUCUCUUGCCUACAGAUAUUGAUAGUAGUACAUGUACAGCAUACAUGUUUUAUAUAAUAUGUGAGACAGAUCAGACCCUUGGCAUCUAUAUGUGCAGUAUAUGUGUUAUUCUAAUUUUGCUCUUCUCCUCUAACUACUUCAGGCAAUUCCAAACUUGGAUACUUGGGUCAGCUUACCACACAGAACACAGGUUCUCUUUCCUUUUCUUGUAAUUUAUAUAACUUGAGCUGGUGUUAUGGGAAGGCAAAACUUGAAAUUGAAAUUCAAAUAUUGUGCUAUGCAUGUAAUCUUAGCCUUUAACAAAACUACUGUUACAUGGGAGCAAUAUCAUAGGGUAAUAUGGAUAUUUUAGUGGUCGGGAGGAACAAAACCAAUGCAACUACCAGAUCAAUUGUUGUGAUUUUACAUGUUUUAUAUUCAAUUUCUAUAUCUAUAAAACUUGAUUGUGGCACUUAUUAAUGUUAUAAUUAUGUGAGCUGUUCUCCUGUCCUUGCAGAGUUUUUUUUCAUCUUUGGUAUGGAGAUUUAGAGGACCUUCUGAAGGCAAUCGAAGCUCUUAUUCUCGUGCCAACUUUUGAGCAAAUUACAAGCUUGCUCUUGAUGUAGUCAAUAUAUCAAUUUUGAGAUAUCUCAGUCCUGCAAUGCAAUAUCUGCCAGCCAAGUGCAGUUAUGCAUCUGGGCACUAUUCUACAGUUUAGCUUGAUUGCUUUAUCAUGGCAGAUUCUUAGUGUUGGCUGCCACAUUUCUGUAUGAUUUGUUUGGUUAAAAAGAACAAUUGUUUACUAAUCAUUUAAUUGUAGUCUGUUAAAAUGUUGACUAGAAAAAAGUGUUACCAAUAUAGUUUCAUUUCCCUUCU